AUGUCUUCCGCGGUUACUCUUCGGGCGCUCGCCCAGCAGGUUUCUGCUGCCAUCUCUGCCACAAAGGACCUGGCCGUUGGCACGUUCGCCAUCGGCGGCGAGAUUCCUAUCGAGCAGCCUCAAGCCGAAAAGAACGAGGACAAGGUCAAGGUGCCGUCUGCCCCUGUCGUACUUCGAUGGGACAAUCCGUCGGAUCAUCCCGGUCCCAAUCGCGUCUCUUUCCCAAUCACCUCAGAUGUUGAUGCCAGGGGAUUCGAUCAUCUGCUCAAAGUUUCUGAAAAGGCCACGUUCGGUUUGAAUGGGCGACAUGAAUUCGAUGAGACUUAUCGUAAGGCGCAGAAGCUUGGUGCUGAUGAUUUCUGUACUACAUUCUCCCCGUACGAGACAGGCAUCGUCGAUGUUGUUAGCCAGGUCCUUCUCCCUAGUAUACAGACGGCCGAAGACUCGCGGUCUAUCCGCGCUGAGUUGUAUAAUAUGAAUAUCUACUCGGGACCAUCGGGCAAGUUCAAAGCACACGUCGAUACCCCUCGUUCGAGCUACCAGAUAGGCUCACUUGUCGUGUGUCUUCCUAUGAACCACGAGGGCGGAGAGCUCGCUGUCAGGCAUGAUGAGAGAACCGAGGCUUUUGACUUGGAUGACGGGGAGUUUUCAGAUGGCGAAGAUGUUGAUACCGUCACUGACAGCCGUAGUGAGACCGAGUCUGAUCACAGCAGCGAGGAAGACGAUUAUUAUGAUCCCGAGAGAGUCGUCGGACAUAUCGCUAGACUUUAUGCCAGCGAUUGCACGGUAGAUGACGAGGGGAGGACAACGGUCCAGGAGCUUAUUGAAUGCACAAUAGGCUCAGGAUGGGACAAGGAAAAGAUUGUGUGGUUGAAUAAGAACAACGGCGAGUCCAGACUCCAAGUGUCUUACGUUGCGUAUGGAAAUGAGCCGUCCUCGGGGCAGAUCUAUUCCUACUUCGCGAUGGUUGUCGAGGUCCCGCGUAAGAGGGCCAUCGACGGCGACGACAAGGCAACUCACAAGCGGGUACGCGAAGACUAG